AUGCGGACAUCUACCGAACAGCUUGCGGCUGCCGGUGGCCACCACCUCACGGGGCGCGGUCUCGCCGUCGGUCUCGCCGUCGGUCUCGUCAUCUGCUGCUCCAAUAUGUACUUCGGCCUGCAGACCGGAUUUAUCAGCACCAUGUCGCUGCCCUCAAGCUUGCUGGGCUUCGGUAUAUUCAAGGCUCUUGCGCGCCACUUGUCAUAUCCCUUCUCGCCCGUCGAAAAUGUGCUGGUGCAGUCAGUGGCCGGCAGCAUGGCCAUUGCGCCGCUGGGAUCAGGCUUCGUCGGCGUCCUGCCGGCCAUGAAUUAUCUGCUUACCCCGGACGAACAGGGACCCAUCAAUUUGUCUCUCAUAAAGACGAUAUUCUGGUCUCUGGGGCUCUGCUAUUUUGGUGUUCUCUUCGCCGUCCCCCUUCGUCGCCAAGUAAUCAUCCGGGAAAAGCUCAAGUUCCCAAGCGGCUUCAGCACGGCUGUUUUGAUCAGCGUCCUUCACGGAAGAAAGAGCAAGAUUACCCCGGGCAGCCUUCCAGCCGAUUUUGCCAGCCUGGCUGGCGAAGAUGUGACGGCUCUUCCUGCUGCUCCCCCAAUCCCUGCCAGUGCUACGAUUUCUGACUCGUCGCCUGUUACUGCUGCCAUUGAUGGCCAAGGCCCUACCUCGGAGCACGAGCUUCGCCGCCGGGCAGAGUGGCAAUCCAACCUGAGGCUGCUUCUCAUAUGUUUUCUCAUCUCCGGCCUCUUCACACUGGCCACCUACUUUUUCCCCAUUAUCAGGAACCUGCCCAUUUUCGGCCAUACUGCUGCCCACACGUGGCUUUGGACCUUCAACCCCAGUCUUGCCUAUAUUGGGCAAGGUGUCAUCAUGGGGCCUGCAACAACAAUGCAUAUGCUGCUUGGUGCUGUCGUUGGCUGGGCCAUUCUGUCUCCGUUAGCAAAACACCGUGGCUGGGCUCCGGGGCCCAUCGACGACUGGGAGAGUGGAAGCAAGGGCUGGAUCGUGUGGAUCUCCAUAGCCAUAAUGCUUGCCGAUGGUAUAGUCAGCCUGACACAUGUCUCUGUCCGCUCUGCCAUCCAGUACUGGCCACAAACACGCUCUGCAAUUGCGAAGCGGCUCCAAUACACUGUCUUUGCCGGCAUUCUCCCUCGACGGCGGCCUACUGGCUACGUCGCCGUCUCCAGCUCCGACGAACCGACCAAUUCUGACUCCUUAUCUUUACCGACUAGUGCAUUGCCAGUCGCUGGUCUUGAUCAUGAGACUGAUGCCUUGGUCGACGAAGAGCCCUUACCCGAGCUUGAUGCGCCACCGGAACAGCAGGUCGGGACAAAGGUUGUGUCCAUUGGACUCGUGUUGUCCAUACUGUUCUGUAUUGCAUGCAUUCGCUUUACAUUUGGGCUCAUUGUGCCUCUUUACGCUAUUGUCAUUUCCAUAAUGAUGGCCCUAGUUCUCAGCAUCAUGGGCGUUAGAGCGCUGGGAGAGACCGAUCUGAACCCCGUCUCGGGAAUCUCUAAGCUUACACAGCUGUUCUUCGCACUGAUUGUACCUGGAUCUCACAAGUACAGUGUUCUGAUAAAUCUGAUUGCAGGUGCCGUUUCAGAAGCCGGUGCCCUUCAAGCUGGUGAACUGAUGCAAGACCUGAAGACUGGUCAUCUUAUUGGGGCAGCACCAAGUGCCCAAUUCUGGGGGCAGGUCAUAGGCACGAGUGUUGGUGCCGUUGUCAGCGCAUUCUUAUACCGUCUGUACACCACGGCCUAUGAAAUUCCCUCCGAUCUCUUCCAAAUCCCCACCGGGUUUGUGUGGAUUUUCACUGCUCGUUUGGUGACAGGAAAUGGUCUGCCUACCAUGGCUGCCCAGUGGGCAGUUGGUGCCGCUGUUCUUUUUGCUAUCCUGACCCUCGUGCGGAUACACGCUACCAACAGCCGCUGGCACGCGUACAUUCCGGGAGGCAUCGCCAUUGCCAUUGGAAUGUACAACGUCCCAUCUUUUACUCUUGCUCGGAGCGUUGGUGGCCUUCUGGCUUUAUACUGGAGGUUGUCCGGCCGCGAUGAAACUCAGGCCAUCGUUCUUAGUUCGGGCUUUAUCCUCGGCGAGGGAUUUCUCAGUGUCGUCAACCUCUUCUUGCAGAGCAGUGGCGUGCCUCAUCUAUAG